CAGUCGCAAGGCUCCUAGGCUGCCUUCCUGCGAAAACUGUAAUAGCCUCCUGCCCCUCCGCAAGAAUGCAUUACCUAGUGUCACGGUCACGGUUGCCGUCAUAGGCACCCUCAACCCCACCCCUGGCCUGCCCGCCGUCCCUCUCUCUCCCCACCCGCACCUGCCCGUAACCAGCAAGCUCCCUGGGCCCGCAGGUGUGGACAACGGCGGGAUACCACGCCCCGCAGAGGCCCACCAGCUCUGGGGAGGGCAAGGGGAGACGUGAUUCAGGGCCGCCCCCAGGCUGAUGUCCCAGUCUGUGCCUUUCAAGAAACAUGGAGGUAAUUCAUGGCAGGCCCUACUGUUGCAGAGAGCUUGAAGGAGCUGACCUAUUGUCAAACACCUUUUACUCUAAUGAAUUGCACACUCCAUUACAAACAGCUACGCGCCCAACUGCCUCCGAGGACAGAUAUCAGGAAUUAAGGGAGUCAUUCCAACAAUGUAGACUUCCAUGGGGUGCUGACAGAGAAUAUGGUGGGGUAAUACCCAUUUCACUCCCUGAGGAGCACAGGCCAAAAUGUGAACCUCCUCAUGUCAUGGGCAAAGGACAUCAGCAUUAUGGAUUUGGUGGAGAAACCUGGCCAAGAAAACUUCCUAUUGAACAAUUCUAUUAUUUGACACAGAACAAAAAAAGUGACAUCUAUGGAAAUGAUUCUUUGAUGCCCAAACCACCUAAUGCAACAGUACAAGAAACCUGCUUCCCAUAUCCGAUUGAACACCCCUACCACACACACAUCUCACGUGGUGCCAUGUUCCCGACCUUUACAUCACCUAAGGAUCCUUACACUGGCAUUAAAGCCCGAAGCCAACAGCCGUUUCCUCCCACUGUGCCAACGAAGGCUUACGAUACGACGAUUUUGAAAACAAGAGGUAACCCUUACAGAUAUGAACUGCUUGAUUUUCCAAUGGAUUCAAAGAAGAAAGCCUUGAAUUGGCCAGGUCAGGGUGUAUAUUAUGAUUUUCCUAAAUGUGUUGAAAAGAACAAGCCAGUGUUCUACCCAAAACCUCCUAAAACCUUCGCUCCUAACACUUCUUUAAAUUCGUGGGACCCGAUUAACUCUCUAAAAGAAGCCAAUAUACAAAGAAAUCUUGAGAGGUCCCACUGGAUCACUUCAUAUGCUCAUGAUUUUACAGGUCUGGGGCCCAUGAACCCCCUUGAACUGGAUGAUUACCAUGAAAAGGAGAGAGCAGAGUUAACUGGACAGAUAGGAUUUGACCCAGAGCCUCAAGAAAAAUUCCAUCCUGUCUUAAAACCUCCAAGACCCCUAGCAGGACGAAUUGCUCGACUGAUGCAGAACCGACGGCCUCUGGAGGCUGUUGUCCAGCAGAGACCACAUUCCUGUCCAGAUUGUACCCCUAGAGUUUUGUGUAAUUUUCAUACCUUUGUACCCAGUUCUACAGAAAUGAUGGCACUUAGUGAUAACACACUGGCAGGUGUCACCCAUAAAAAACAGGAAAUUGAAGACAAGAUUAAGGAAGAACAAAGUUUGCUAUCUACCUAUGCAUCCCCACCUUGUUACCCAACAAGAGAUCUGACUAACGUUUGCGACAUAAAAAUAUCUCCAAAAAUCACAGAUACUAAGAAGAUAAAAGAUUUGUACUGGAGACAGCUGGCAUUAAAACCCCAACCUAUACCUUGCUAUAGCCCAAACCAUUACAUUCAGUAUGAGCAUCUAAAACCUGCCAUACGUGACCCGUGUACUAUGUGUCAAAACUCUGUUAGCUUUAGUAAGCCUACUAUUUUAGAAAGUAAACCAGACUUGGAAGCUUUUGAUUUUGAACAUUUUUUAAGUAAGCCAGAAGAAAGGCUGACCUUGGACACAGAAAACAAUGAGGAGACAAGACCCAUUCUGGGUUGGAUUCCUAGAGCUGGAGUGGCCAAGCCUCAGACUGACCUGCUAGGGCUUAAGAACUCUUUUUCAAAAACUGGUGCACAAAAACGUUUCCAUAAAUCAAUUCUAGAAGACCAUAAAGACCUCAGGGAUAAGGAGCAUUCAGGGAUGAAACACCAAUUCUAUGGCUAUAAUUCCUAUUAUUUCUAUAAUUGAGAUUUUCAUCCUUUCCUUCAAAACCCAGCCUCUUGCAAGAAAAGUAAAAAUUUAACAGAAUUUCUUCCAUGUUGUUGGAUUCUGUUUUCUAGAAAAGCCAUAAUGACCUUGUUAUGAAGUUUAUGCUUUCAGGAAUUUUAAGUUAGGAUCUAGUCAGAGGAACCCAUAAAAAGGGGAUGUUCUUACUUCCUGAAAAGUUUAACAAUUCGGCAAUAAAAUAUUAGAACCAGAAAA